CGAUGAAGUAAUUCGGUUGGCCCUCGAGUUGUCUGGUUGUCUGUCUGCCUGCUCCCUCAGCCUCAACAACUUUCUUUUUUCCCCCCAAAGUAAACUACGUUUCCAAAUCUACCGCGCCACUAUGUGUUGACACAAAUCCCUGUGCGUUAUUCCUGUGAAACCUCGCAGGUUAUUUCUUGUGAUCGCAUUCACACCUGUCUUCUCUUAUGCCAUGGGGCGCCCGGGCUUAUCACAAGCUUCGAAGGCGUCGGUUAACCGACAAAAUGGUCCUGUUCAGGCCCGUCAAGUGCGGUCUAGUGAUCCCUUUCCUACGGAUUUUCUCACUUUCUUGAAUGCGCUUCCGUCCGAUGGUGCCUCGCGCAAUGCAACUGACCCCUCCAGCGAUGCAACUGAGCAGGCUGAACCCCCUAGAAAACGCCCUCGAGUCGAACGCGUCGAGGCAAUUCCCAUUGCAAGAGAAUCAUUAACGCUCAAGCGACCAGUCCAACCCGAAGUGCCCCUUGAUGAACUAAUCUAUCGCGUGAAUGUCAACAACCACGUGAAGCUACACCAUGAUGAACGACAGCGCAUCUUAACUAUUUCCUCCAAUGCGCGAUCUCCCUAUGGCGCAUUUAAGUCUGAACUGAACUUAGGUCGCCACGAAUUCUCCAAGGGCACAUUAGCAAUAUUGAAUAUCAUGAGCCGCAGCCGAGACGCUGACUGUGAUGAAGGCGCACUUUGGGUAGGCGUCGGGGUUAGUCUGGAGAGAAAAAAUAACAGAGAUCAACUCCAACUCUCCCUUCAGCUGAAUUGGAAUUCAUCAACCCAUUUACUACGAAAUUCUGCCCAGCGCGCUCUUAGUCAACAAGUUCUAGAUACGUUCUUUACAGGUCAAACCCAAGAGCAGGGUGCUGCCAAUGAGAAGCUUUCACCUCAGGCUUUCUACGAUGCAGCGUUUGUUCCGGAAAAGGAUCCCGUAAACUCAUUACCCCUCUCAGCUCCUAAGUUGACCUCAAAGCUGUUCCCCUUCCAACGUAGGGCACUGCAAUGGCUUUUGAAUAGAGAAGGUGUCAAAUGGAGUGAUCGUUGUCCAAAUGGGGAGCCCGGCCUAGAGCCGUUAUCUCCACCGUCAACCAACAGCCUGCCAUUGUCAUUCAGCACGGUAAAGGAUGCAGACGGGCGAUUAGUAUACAUCAGCAAUCUCUAUCACGUCAUUACUAGAGAUAUUAGCGCGUUCCGUAAGAGUGAAACUGUUGUAAAAGGUGGCAUCCUUGCCGAAGAAAUGGGGUUGGGGAAGACAGUCGAGACCAUUGCCCUUAUCUGCAUGCAUAGGCGUGAUGCUCUUCCGCACUUGGACAGCAACACAGCUCAGGAUGAGCGACCAAGUGGUGCAACGUUAAUUGUCACUCCUACUACACUCAAGAACCAAUGGGUCUCUGAGUUUAAGAAACAUGCACCACAUCUCCUUGUGAUGGUGUACGAGGGCCUAAAAAAGGGCGUUAGUGAGGAUGAACAACAAUUAGUCUCCGAACUAGUAAAUCACGAUGUUGUCAUCACGACCUACAAUGUCCUACAGACCGAGAUCCAUUACGCGGCAGAGCCCCCCAACCGCUCUAUGCGACACGAAAGAAAAUAUCGCCGCCCCAAAUCACCGUUGACUCAGAUCUCAUGGUGGAGAGUAUGUUUAGAUGAAGCUCAACAAAUCGAGAGCGGCGUUAGUAGCGCUGCCAAGGUUGCCAGACUAAUACCUCGUAUCAAUGCUUGGGGUAUCACUGGAACGCCGGUCAAGACAAACAUCAAAGACCUAUGGGGCCUGUUACUAUUUCUCCGAUAUGAGCCGUUCGCCUCCUCUUUGAAUAUAUGGGAGGGACUAAUAUCGACCCAUAAGGAGCUAUUCAAGCCUCUCUUUAACAGCAUUGCCUUGCGGCACACAAAGCGCGUAGUCAGAAGCGAGCUAAGUCUACCACCUCAAAAACGGUACGUUAUAACCAUGCCUUUUAAUACAGUCGAGGAGCAGCAUUACCAGACAGAAUUCAAAGAACUCGUGAUGAAGCUCGGCCUUGAUGAGCACGGGUCGCCUCUUCGAUCGUCUUUUCAGAGAGACUGGGACCCUGAGAAUCUGUGGAUAAUUGAUUCAAUGAAACGUACCCUCUCUCAGCUCAGAAAGUCGAUAUUGCACCCGUCCCUCGGAUCUGGCCGCCUUAUUCGAACAGCAGAUCAGAAGAACAAGGGUCCGCCAACAAUUGAAGAGGUUCUAGAAGCCAUGAUUGAGCAAUCGGAUUCUUCGAUUAAGACAGAGCAGCGUAUUUAUUUACUCAGCAAGCUAGAGAGAGGCCAGCUUUUGGAAUACCGGUCCGAGGUGAACGCGGCCAUCCAGCUUUGGCAGGAAGUAGUAGAUGAGGUCGAAGUCCUGGAAGAAGAAUGCCGAAAGCAACUACAAAUCGAGUUGGAAAAGGCUAAGCAAGCAGGUUCUAGUGAUGCGCUCAUGGAGGACGAAAAUAGCGACAUGGAGAAUGAUGAUGACACCGACGAGAAAAUGGCGCUCGGAAAAGUGAGCGAAUGCCGGCGCAAACUUCGAUCUAUGCUCGAUAUCCACCACAGAGCCGUUUUCUUCAUCGCUAGCGGCUAUUUCCAGAUAAAGUCGGACGAGAAGAAGACAGUUCCUAAUUCGGAGGAAUUCAAACUACUAGAGGAGAAGGAGGUCUCCGGGUACGAUGCAGCGAAGAACAUUCGGAAAGAGAUUCUACGCGAGGCGCGGGCCAAAGCUUUGUCCUGCAUUACUAGGAUUCGAGAAAAGGCGUCGUCGCAAUCGUUCACAGACGUUCCCGAAGUUGAACUGCCUUCGUUUCAGGGCCUAGAGAGUAGGCGAGUCUUGGAUAACUUCAAGGUGCUCGCCGGGGCUCUCGAUGAUCAGGCAGAUUUGAUCGACGAGUGGCGGGAAACCGUUAUUCAAAUGUUGAUCCGGCCGCUUGUAGACGAAGAGGAAGAAGUAGAGAUCACGGGUGAUGAAUACGAGGAUUCAACCAAGAUCCAGGAUGAGCUGAUGGUACACACGCUAGUUUUGAGAGCCGUAAUAGCUGACAGACGGGAUGCGAUGUCUGGCCUGGAGAACGAGCGAGUUAAAUACGAUACUCGCUUCGCAGAGCGGCAAGCUAGGGCUGGAGAAGGCCAUGCCCCCGAAAAAGUUCUUGCCUUACUUCAACAACGCGAUGAAAUCAGGCAGUACUAUCAAGGAACCUCGUUCCGAGGUAUCGUUACGGAUCUUCGAGAGUUGGCAACGAAACUCCGCCAUGACAUGGGCAACGGAAGCAGUCGUGCGAGGGUCGAGCUGGAAAUCGUCGAAAGGAACCUAAAGCUGACGCAAGAGCAAAUCAGCGCGCAGAACAAGGCGGCGACAGCUUUAGAGCGAGAGUUGGACAUUUUUACCUCGGCAAUGAAUGCACGCGUGGAAUACUACAAGCAGCUGCAGGCAAUUUCUGAUAACGUUGCUCCGCUCGACGCAAGCCAAUUCAUGGACUUGGAUGAGCCGCAAUUUGAGGUGCAAGAGAGAGAGCACGAGAUAGAAGAGCGAGAGAAAACCUCGAAGAAGAGGUUUACCGCAGCGCUGCCUAAGCAUCGUUACCGUAAGAUCCCCCCCGAAUUAAGAUAUACCGACUCCGUUUGUAUUAUAUUUAUACUGACUCGAUCUACAGUCGUUCAUCUCAGAGAAGCGGGUCAGAAGUCAGAAGAAGUCUGUGUUAUCUGCCAGUGUACUUUCACUCUAGGAGUACUUACUGUCUGCGGGCAUCACUUCUGCAAGGAGUGUAUCGUGGCUUGGUUGGAGAAAGCCCACAUUUGUCCCGUCUGCAAGAUGAAGCUUUCGUCAUCGAAUCUUCACGAUAUUACACUGAAAAAGCAAGAGUUGAAAUUCCACCAAGAACACCCGCAAGGGAGCUCGCAAGCAUCGGACGAGGCCAGCACGCUUACCAAGUUCAAGAAGUUGGGUAUCUAUUCCGAAUUCAGCAGCGAUAAACUCGACGCCAUCAAGACUAUCAAUCUCAACGGCCCUUCAUUCGCUACCAAGAUCGAUACUCUAGCGAAGCAUCUGCUGUGGCUACGUGUUGAAGACCCGGGCGCCAAGUCUGUUAUCUUCUCCCAGUUCGGCGAGUUUCUCGAGAUCCUUGGUCGAGCUUUCGACCAAUAUCAAAUCGGACAUUCUUCUUUCAAGCAGAAGAACGGUAUUAAUACGUUUAGGGAAGAUCCCGCUAUCGAGUGCUUCCUCAUGGAUGCUAGAGCGCACGCUAGCGGUCUCAACCUCGUCAACGCAAGCCACGUGUUCUUGUGCGAACCCCUCCUCAACACGGCACUGGAACUGCAGGCGAUCGCCCGGGUGGACCGAAUUGGGCAGGAGCAUGAGACGACGGUAUGGCUAUAUCUAAUAGACGGCACGGUGGAGGAAUCCAUCUAUAACCUUUCUGUGCAGCGCCGUCUAGAACACCUUGGCCAGAACACCAAAGGAAAGGAAAAAGAGUCUAGCGCGGAAGUUUCGGACCUCAAUCUCGAGGCGGCGAACUCCCUGGAGCUCCAGCAGGCCACGCUAUCGAAGCUCAUGAGCAAGGAUCAGAGCAUGGGAGAAGUGGUCGAUCAGAACGACCUCUGGCAGUGCUUGUUUGGCCAUGUUACUAGGAACAAGGCCGCUACCGACGAGCGAAUAAAGGACGCUGCUGUUAUUGGCUUCCUUGCUGGUGCGGCAGCAGAGGCUAGACGACAACAGGAAUAAGUGUCGGUUUUGAUUCGGUGGGUAAAUAUGUCCAUCGGUUCCCGACCCUGCGAUUACCCCCCGGUACUUGACGAUGUAUAAAGUAAGCACUUAAUUACCCCUGUAUGUACGACCCGGCAUGAGACGAUACGACACGAUAUGUAAGACUAAGUUUAGUUCACGAGUGUCUUGGAACUCAGGACACGAUACAUACUAACAG